GAUCAGUUGCUGCUUUGCUUUCAGUUCAGUGUAAAAGUACAUGAAAACAAUCGAUAGUAUCAGUACAUUCGCAAAGAUUUGGCUGUCUUAAAUGUCAUACUUAGUCUAUACGUUGAUCUAAAUUAGAAGACCUUUAAUUUCAAAAGUCAUUAGUUAUAACCGUGGCGAGUUUGGACAGAGCUAGUUGCUGCGUUCUACUGGAACAGCGACGAGUUUCAGCCUCGGAGAACCAGGAGCGAGACGAAGAUAGUCGCUGGCAGAUCCCCGAUCUUGCUUUGGAAUAUGCUCAAUUUAACCAAGUCUUAUAUUCCUAAAACCUCGGAUCCAUGGUGAGGAGAAAAAAGACACCAUCUGCUCCCGAAGAACAUCAAAAUGGGAUGACAGUGAAGCAGGGGGAUGGCAGUGGGGAUGAAGGGGUGAAGAAAUUGAGCCGAAAGCUUGAAGGUUGCGAGGAAGAGGAGAGCGCAGACCAGGGGAGUGAAGAGAGCAAUACAAAGAGAAACGGAGAUGAAAUUCCUAAUCCAUCAUCUACGGGUUCGUCAAGUUCGGCACCAAUACCCUCGACUUCUUCAUCGAACCCGCCGGGACCUAACGUUAGUUCGAACCAAGAUACAUCCACACCUGUCCCUCAAAGCCAGGAUCAGCACCAUUUCCUAAGGUCCAGCGUACGACCUCCUAGCAAACGGCUGCGGAAGGAUCCCAUUGCCUCAGCUAUCAAUGGUCACAGCGGUGUCAAGGGGAAAGGUACUGAGAAUGGGCCUCCUGCCCCGGCCGGGUGUGCCCAGUCCGGUUCCCCGGGCGGGUCAAGCGGCGGUGCGUCAAAGUCGGGGCCCCGGAGCCUGGGGGCCGGCGAGAAGGACGAGGCGGGCAGCAGCCAGAAGAAAGUGCGCAGACAGUGGGAGUCCUGGAGCACGGAGGACAAGAACACCUUCUUUCAGGGGCUGUAUGAGCACGGCAAGGAUUUCGAAGCCAUCCAGAACAACAUCGCGCUGAAGUACAAGAAGAAGGGGAAGCCAGCCAGCAUGGUGAAGAACAAGGAGCAGGUGCGCCACUUCUACUACCGCACGUGGCACAAGAUCUCCAAGUACAUCGACUUCAGUAACGCCUACUCACGCGUGCUGAAGAAGUCCUCCCAGGAGCUGUACGGACUCAUCUGCUACGCCGAGCUGAGGAAGAAGGUCGGCGGCUUAAUGGACGACAAGAAUGUUGCCAAACUCAACGAGCUCAUUCAGCAUGGGGCGACCACCGUACGCUCCAAGGGCAGGAACCUGAGGAUUAAAGUGCCCAUGUGUCGAGCGCUUAAAAAACUGUGUGAUCCUGAUGGCGUCAGUGAUGAAGAGGACCAGAAGCCAGUGCGGUUGCCCCUGAAAGUGCCCAUGGAGCUGCAGCCCCGCAGCAACCACUCCUGGGCACGGGUCCAGAGCCUGGCUCAUAACCCCAGACUCAGGAUGAUGGUGGAACUCCACAGGAAGGUGUCCAGCCUGAUCGAGUUCCUUAAGCAGAAGUGGGCCAUCCAAGACCACAGAAUCUGGAAGAGCUUGGAGGAGCGGGAUGCUCUGGAGGGGCAGCAGCACUCCCCGUGGGGCCAGGAGCGGGAGGAGCUGUUCCUGUACCCGGCCGAGAGCAGCACCCUGACGCCCCUGCCCGGCGUGGCCCGCGUGGUUCACUCCAAAGCCUUCUGCACCGUCCACUGGCUGGAGAGCGGCAAGUGCCGAUCCGGGGGCAGGGACCUCCCAGCCGCCCACAUGCUGGGCAUCCAGGCGGCCCCCAGGGGCCUCGGCAAGCAGGGCCGCGCGGGCGGGGCCGAGGUGCGGCGAGCGGAGGGCCCGGCCCCCGAAGCGGCGGACGAUGCCUCGACUGGGAAGGCAGACGACAAAGCGCCGGGCUCCUUGAACCCCCCGAACCCCCCGCAAAACAGCCUUGCAGCUCUCCCCCCUCACGCCCCUGGGCAGAAGGAGGGAAGUGCCCCAGGCCUGACAGAGGGGGCCCCUCCUCUUCCUCAGCUGGAGAGGAGGAGUGGCCCUGGAGAGGAGUCAACCGGAGGCUCCUCGGGGACUGGAGACGCGUCGGGGCCGGGCCUCGCCUCACGGGUGAAGGAGGGACCGUGCACGGAGGUUGUCCUCUCUCCCAAAAAUGACCCGCCGGACUCCUCUGGUGACGGAGGAGGAGGAUGUGCAGAGGACAGGACUAAAGGGUCGGGCCUCUCCCUAGAGGGGCCUGCUGACGUUUCAGAGUCCCCCCCUCCUCCGGUUCCCGCGCCGCCACCGGGGGACACUUGCACUAAAGAAGACCGGCCCCCCGAGGACCCUGGCGGCCCCGAGGCGGGGCGGGGCAGCAGGAGGGCCGGCGGGAAGGAGGACGCGGGUGCGGCCAGCGGGAGGCCCCCGCAGCAGAUUCGGGAGGAGGGCUGGUGCGCGCGCAGCACGGAGAACGUCACGCUGGCCGAGCUCUACCUCAUGCUGGGCAAGCCGGGGAAGCUGCAGCUGGAGUACGAAUGGCUGCCCGUGUCCCAGGAGGAGGGCCGGCCUCACCCCAGCCCCCGGCCCCGGCCCAACACCCACCGCGUCCUGCGCUGCCUGCUGCGCCUCGUCUCCUCCGAGGUCAACCCCAAACCCGCCGCGGAGCUGUGCUCCACCGCCACCUCGCCGCUGAAGCCCGGCUCAGAGGAGCAGUCCGUCACCCCGCCGGGGAAGAGCAUGACGCUGGGUGUGCGCAGUCCCAGCUGCGGCCGCCACCAGGGCUCCAUCCGCGGGGGCAUCCGGAACCUUCCCCGCUCGCUGCUGGCCUCAGGAGACACGGACAGCAGCCUCUUCGCCGUCCCCACCACGCUGCCGCCCAACAGCCGCCACGGAAAGAUGUUCUCCCCCAACAAGGAGGCUGAGCUGGCCUUCCGCCAGCAGCUGCACUCCUUCAGCAUGCAAUCUGACCUUUUCCUCCCAAAACAGAGGAAGGUCAGGAACCGGCACCUACGAAAGCCUCUUGUGGUGCAGAGAACUCUGCUCCCUCGGACCACCGGGGACUCCUCACAGCACGUGUGCUCCUUCUCCAUCCUCUCCAACUCCUCCAUCGCAGGUACCGGCUCUUUCCGGCCCCUCCAGCCUUCCAUGCAGGCCACCUCCCGCCCCGUCCUCCCCAAAGCCACUCCGCAGACCUCCGCAACAGCCAGCCAGCUCUCCAGCGCCAUUGACUUGGCCGCCAAGUCAGCUGGUAUCAUCCCCGGCAGCCCGUCUCACGAGCCGGAGGGACCCGGUGCGGUCGGCCUCCUCCUCGCUCCGGACGCGGUGACUCCGGAGCCCAAACGGGACCACCUCCCUCAGACCCCGGCCGCUGUCGUCCCCGCCGAGGUGACGUUGGACAACGGGCUGUCUCCCCUCUCUCCUGCGGGGGACACAGACACUCUCCUGUCCCCUCCCAGCGUGGCGUCUCUGCUGGACAUAUCGCUCCCGGGCCCGCCAGAGGAGGCCCUGUCCCAGGGCGAGACCGCCACACACAUCAGCGACUCCAUCAUCGAGCUGGCCAUCAACUCCUCCACUCACUCUUAUGGCGACAGCUCCUCCCUCUCCCCUGCCAAGCUGAACGGCAGUGAGGGCCCGCGGAGCCUCCCCUCCCCCGCCUGCAGUCCCCAGAGGAGCUGGAUCGCCUCCCCCUCUCACGACCCGCAGUGGUACCCCAACGAGUCCAGCGACUCCACGCUGAGCUGCCUGCUCUCGAGCCUGAUCUCCCCGGAGAAGGGCCGGAAGAUGCUGACCCCCUCCGGGCCCUCCAGCGGGACCUCCCUGCUGGGGCCCAGCCUCCUGGACAGCAGCUCUCGAGACUCCUUCCACUCCCGCGGGCUGCCCGACGUCGGAGAGGUGGACUCCCAGCUGGCCUGCAUGAUGAGUGAGAGCAGCGUGGACUACAUCGCCCGCUUCAACGACCUGGCGCACGAGCUGUCCGUCAGUGAGCCGCCGCCCCCUCCGUCCGCGGGCCAGGGCGGCAGCGGCUGA